AGGCAUCGGUUGGAGCGCUACACCAGCGGCCGCAACAGACCACGGCAAGGCCUCCGAGGACCGCGACAGUCCGAGUUGGGCGGACCUCUCUCCGCCCCGCUGCGGUCCCUGAUGGAGCCGACACGCGGCGCCCAGACGAGCCGGCCGUCCGCGGAGCCAGCCGACGCGGCCCGGCCCGACGGCGGCGCCGAGCACGACGCGGAGAGCUUCGAGGACAUUCUGCGGCUGACAUGCGGCAGCGGCCGCUGGCAGACCGCGCUGCUGGCCUACAUGUCGUUGAUGUGGCUCAUCCUGCCAUUCUUCUCCAUGUCGAUGAUGUUCAUCGGCGCGACGCCGCCGUUCAAGUGCGCCGACGGCUUCGACGCGAACGCCACGUACGCCUCGCUGCCGGCCGCCGCCCAGCGCUGCCACCCACCCAACGCGAGCGCCGCCUGCCGACGCUGGGUGUUCGACCGGUCCGUGUACGAGUCGACGGUGGUGACGGAGUGGGCGCUGGUGUGCGGCCGCAAGCCGCUGUUGUCGCUACUGCAGUCGCUGCUGAUGCUGGGCGGCCUGUCGGGCGCCGUGGCUGCCGGCCAGCUGGCA